UUAUCCACAGGGCUGCGUUGUGAUGACGGCACCGAAUCUGCCUCCAGAGGCUUCUGGGUACAUCUCGAUGUCAGGAGUUCCCAUCAUGCAGCAGGUACAGGAAGUGAACCCCCCACCUGAACAACCCCCACCACCUCCUGUCUAUACCCAGCACACGAGGAGACCCACCACCUUCCACGGACCUCCCCCGGCACGCAGGUUUGCGAGAGUUGGCACGGGACGCCCGCGCACCCUGCCCGCACGACCAGUGCUGGAUGCGGGCAAGCCAGCCCCUCAGGAGGGGCAACCAGUGCCGACCCUGACCCCCCCACCAACCCCUACCCCCUCCAUCAACAACUAGGGCUUUGUACUGUCAUUGUUCUGUGGUUGGGACCUUUUUUUUUACUGGCUUUUGCUCUGUGAAAAGUUGGUCUUCUUGUAUGCUGGCUUAGCAUAGCCAGAAUGAUGUGUGUUACCAAACAUUUAAAGUAAGUGUGAAUCAACAACUAGGACAUGUUUGGGACAACAACAAAUAGUUUUUUUUCUGGCUUUCGCUCUGCAUUUCAAAAUAAAUGUUGGUCUUCUUGUAUGCUGGCUUGGCAUAACCA